AUGCUGGGGGCCAUGUGGGCAGAGCUCGGCGGCUUUAGUUACAGCGCCAUCCAGCUCCUGCUAUACCAGCUCCGCGACAACUCGUUCUACGGACAGGCAAAUGGCAAGUGGCGGCUCGCGACUUUUGUGGUGCUCUCGCUCGUGCUCGGUUUCGUCGAAGGUCUUCCCGCCGGACGCUACACCCGUCGCUUCCGCCCUUGGCGGGACAAGAUCGGCUCGCCAUUUCUGUACGACACGGUCUUUAUGACCUUUAUGUACGCCAUCAUUGACGUCACCGGCUGCAGCAACAACCUCGACGAGGUGUCGUUUGGCGGGCAGUCGUGCGCCAACCCAUCGCUCUACUGGAUCUUCUUCGGCCUCGGCAUUACGGUCUUUAGCGUGUUUUUCUGGGGAACGCUUUUGUACAAGAAGCGACUAGCGGACGACGUGUAUGCCGUGCGCUUUCGGUUCCAAACAGCGUUUAACGCACUCAUGACGUCGUGUGCACUGGGCUUUUACACGAUCGAGAAGGCGCUCUUGGUGUUCGAUGCGUGGAUGGUCAUUUUCGGCUUUAGCGCCAUCAACUUGAUCCUCUUUGGCUCGCUUCUGUGCUACAAUUACCGAUGCCAGCCCUGUCUUGGUGUCGGGUACUUUCCCAACAACCUCCGCGCGCUCUCGUUUGGCACGUCGUGCUAUACGACACUCGUGCUCUGCCUCGUGACGCUGCUCGGACACUGGACGGCCAACCAAAAGCUCACACUCGUCGUCGUCCAAAUCUCGGCGGGGCUGUACCCGCUUAUCGCGGUCGGCCUCUGGCGUUGGAACAGUCGGCGCGCCAAGGACUACGAAGUGCCCAACCUUGAUCUUCUGGCGUCGCUUUCCCACGACUGCGUCCGCGUCCGGGCCAUCGCUGCUGUGAGCGUCACCCUUGAAAACGAUGCGCGUUGCGACACCGAGAUCCAAGCGAUUGUCGCGAGGCUCAGCGCCAUACUCACCUAUCCCAUGCACCACGAGACGGCGUAUGCCAUCGCGUACGCGUGCCAAGCUCUGUGGUUUCUUUGGUACCGCAAUUUUGAUUUAAGGGAUCAGAUUCUCGAAGCGACGUCGGACCCGCUGUGGCCCCCCGGGCGUUGGGCUCCCGAGCCACGCGACUGCUCGUCCCACGCGGCAAAGACCAGCCUGACACAACCAGCAACGUUGGUCCCGAAAACGUUCUGGCAGCGCCGCCACGUACCGUCGCUUGCAACGAUGGACUCGGCGCUCGUCCGCCUCGUCGAGAAGGCGACCGACAUGGACCACACAGUGUGCGCCACGAACCGCAUUGCAGACGCCCCCGCCGUGCACCAGUGCUUUGAAGACGCCGUACAGAAGCUCAUCGAGUUGCUGUAUGCACCGUGUUUCCACGCGCGGCGCAUUGCGGCCAAGACCCUUCAAGAGAUGUACGACGCGGGCGCGAUUCAAGUCCGAAAAGCAACGUUCUUCCGAAUGGCCGUCACGCUCGUGGCCGUGCCCGUACACAGCCGCGCAGUCGCCGCCGCACGGACCCUCGUCUCGUUUGUAUCGACGCAAGAAGCGACGUGGGUGGCGACGGCGAUGGCUGACAAGAUGACGUUGGUUCUGGUCGCGGAAGCGCUCGUGCAGCGGGUGUUCGAUAUCGAGUUUCUACGCUCGGUGACCCAUGUGCUCGCCACCGCCAUGUCAACGCUGGCCACGAUGCCAACGCUACCUCCGGCGACGUAUCUCUCUCUGCCGAUGGUCUCGGCUCUGCUUUCGCUUCAAGACAUGUCAGUGCCACCUAUAGUCGCGGCCCAAGUCGAUUCCAUUCUCGCCACAAUACACGUAUGCUGCCAUGGGGCGACCGUGACGCGCCGUGGGUCCAACGCCUGGCGCGUCACUCCCGUCGAUAAGGACGUGAUGGCAUCGACCGAAACGGUACUUUUGACACCAGGGCAAGUGGCGGCCGUGCUCGAGCGGCAGCGGCUGCGGCACAAACUCCUCGCAGUUGCGACAGCUCUUAUUGACGAGGGAUUCGGACAACAACGGGCGAUACUGGAGCUCACGCCGUUGACGCGCGCGACAGUGGAGGCGACGUUUCCGAAAGGCUGUCCACCGCCAAAGAUACUCGGAUACGUUGAGAGCCAAGUGUCUCCAGCUGCCUUUGCAUACGUCUGUCGCAUUGCGCAGCUGGAGCCGCCAGGUCCUCGCUCCGCCUCGCUGACGCAUCUCGAGUCGCUGGCCCGUAUCCGGCCCAUGGCCAUCAAUGCCAACGUCGAUGAGAAGGGCAGUGUACAGUGCUCUGGCUGGAGCUAA